GCCAUGCGGUGUUGGAUAAUUCUAGAAGAGCGUCGGUGAGACUUCGUUGCAAGCGCUGCUGACAGCACAGGGCCUGAGUUUGACCCACCACAGCUCACUUACGUGACAUUCAGCUGCUCUGCACAGAUCUCUUACUCAGCGUUCAUCCGAAUUUAGCCAUUAAACAAGUCGAAGAUGUUGUCCGCGGCGAGAACGAGUGUGUCGCGCUCUCAGAAGUCCUGCAGCAGUGUGUCGGAUCUCAUCAAGAAGGCUUGUUGGAGUGGAUUGACUCGGCAGACCCUCCAGACUGCAGCCAGACGUCAUUAUGCGUCGGAGGCGAUCAGAGGCGCUGUCGUCGGCAUUGAUCUGGGAACCACCAACUCCUGCGUGGCUGUGAUGGAGGGGAAACAAGCAAAGGUGCUGGAGAACGCAGAGGGAGCGAGGACGACGCCGUCAGUGGUGGCCUUCACAGCUGAUGCAGAGAGGCUCGUGGGCAUGCCGGCCAAACGCCAGGCUGUCACCAACCCCAACAACACGCUCUAUGCUACUAAACGCCUGAUCGGACGCCGCUAUGAUGACGCUGAAGUUCAGAAAGAUUUGAAAAAUGUGCCCUAUAAGAUCGUGCGUGCGUCUAACGGAGACGCCUGGCUGGAAGCCCACGGUAAACUGUACUCUCCCAGUCAGGCUGGAGCUUUUAUCCUCAUGAAGAUGAAGGAGACCGCAGAGAACUACCUGGGUCAUGCGGUGAAGAACGCUGUUAUUACAGUACCUGCUUACUUCAACGACUCUCAGAGACAGGCAACCAAGGACGCCGGGCAGAUUGCUGGUUUGAAUGUGCUUCGUGUUAUUAACGAGCCGACGGCUGCUGCUUUAGCCUACGGACUGGAAAAGACUCAGGACAAAAUAAUCGCUGUGUAUGAUCUCGGUGGUGGGACGUUCGAUAUCUCUGUCCUGGAGAUCCAGAAGGGAGUUUUCGAGGUGAAAUCCACCAAUGGAGACACGUUCUUGGGCGGAGAAGAUUUCGACCAGCAUCUCCUCAGACAUAUAGUGAAGGAGUUCAAGAGAGAGGUUUGUGUCCGUCCUCCCAAAAAAAACAAACGUUAUCUCUGCACACAGACGGACAUCAACCUGCCGUACCUGACGAUGGACGCCUCUGGCCCCAAACACCUGAACAUGAAGCUGACCCGCGCUCAGUUCGAGGGCAUCGUGGCGGAUCUGAUCCGCAGGACCGUGGCGCCCUGUCAGAAGGCCAUGCAGGACGCAGAGGUCUCCAAGAGUGACAUUGGAGAAGUGCUGCUGGUGGGAGGAAUGAGCCGCAUGCCGAAGGUCCAGCAGACGGUCCAGGAUCUGUUCGGUCGCGCUCCCAGUAAGUCUGUGAACCCAGAUGAAGCCGUGGCCAUCGGAGCGGCCAUCCAGGGAGGCGUUCUGGCCGGAGACGUGACCGACGUGCUGCUGCUGGACGUCACUCCUCUGUCUCUCGGCAUCGAGACUCUGGGAGGAGUCUUCACCAAACUCAUCAACAGAAACACAACCAUCCCCACCAAGAAGAGCCAGGUUUUCUCCACUGCUGCUGAUGGACAGACUCAAGUAGAGAUCAAGGUUUGUCAGGGAGAGCGAGAGAUGGCUGCAGACAACAAGACUCUGGGACAGUUCACCCUGGUCGGCAUGCCUCCGGCUCCUCGUGGUGUUCCUCAGAUUGAAGUCACCUUUGAUAUCGACGCUAACGGGAUCGUGCACGUCUCCGCUAAAGACAAGGGCACCGGCCGAGAACAGCAGAUUGUCAUCCAGUCGUCUGGUGGACUCAGCAAAGACGACAUUGAAAACAUGAUCAAGAACGCUGAGAAGUACGCAGAGGAGGACCGGAGACGGAAGGAUUGCGUGGAAGCGGUUAACAUGGCCGAGGGCAUCGUUCACGACACCGAGUCAAAGAUGGAGGAGUUUAAGGAUCAGCUGCCUGCCGAUGAGUGUAACAAACUGAAGGAGGAGAUGGCUAAAGUGCGAGAGCUGCUCUCACGAAAGGACGCCGAGACGGGAGAAAACAUCAAACAAGCGGCCACAAACCUGCAGCAGGCCUCGCUCAAACUCUUCGAGAUGGCAUACAAGAAGAUGGCGUCGGAGAGGGAAGGCGGCUCCGGCUCCGGCUCCGGCUCCGGAGGAGAAACAGGAGAGAAGAAGGAGGGCCAGCAGUAAAGCCUGAGCGUUUGAUAUGGACUGAAUGGUUUGGGAGCAUGAACGUGUUUCCCUGAGCGGCAUACACACCUUAUUUUCACACAUACUGUGUUUUUGGCUACAAAACAAUAUCGUCACGGCUCCUCAUCCACCUCCCUUAAUGUCUAGGAGUUCAAAUUCAUUCAUUGUGUCUGCUGGAAAUAAUCUGCAUCGGUCUUGAAGCGAACUUUGCAAGCGUUUGAUCUGGGGUGUAAGGUGAGCGUGUGCCUCGAGCCAUUCAGACAUGCAUUCCUGCCUGCGGGCACCGUGUGGUGUGACCUUCUCAAGGUGUCUUCGAUAAGUGUGGUUUUUUUGGGAAUGAAUGAGGCUGAAUGUGUGGCUGAACGGCUCCAGGAUGUCUAUAUCUGCAGCGAGUGUUCAUAAAAGCAGGACUUCUUUGUUUCAAGACACCAAUGUUUCAUAUUUAAAUGACAUCUGUUCUGUCCAUCUUGUAAGCUCGUGUACAUGUUUGCGCUGAGAGGAUGAAACUAUGAAAGAUAACUCAACAAUAUGAUGUGGAAUUGAUUAUAAUUUGGCUGAUCGUACCAGCAUUGAGAAUCAAGCAGGUUUAUAUAGAGCGCACUUCUACAACAAUACGGCUCCGUGUCCUUGUUUAAAGUACACUGUAAAGGGCAGGUGAGGUGAAUUAAUCUGAUCUACCUUUACUAGUGAUUUCAGCUGGCUUUAUUUAAAUCAGUGAUGUUAUGUGUUAUGAUUGUGAAGGAUUACGUUCUGUUUGUCUCAUAACAAUCCCAAUCUCCGCUCUGCUUUUCUUUUUCCGCCUCUCUGUACAAAGGCCGAUGUCUGUUGAAGAUGUUAAAUGUUGGAAUCGAAUGAUUUAAUAGGCUUAAAGAGAGUAAUAUUCCAGUGCAGUCUUUUAUAAUAAAAUUGUGUUUGAACUCGUA